UGAGCGGAGCGGAGCGGGCGCUCCUCUUCCCCAAAUGAGCAGUGGGAGGCGGGCAGAGGCAGGCGGCGGCGGGCGCUGCCCGUUGGCACCGGCGGCGGCGGCGGCGGCGCAGGGCGAGGCCGGGCCGGGCGCGCGAAGGGGGGCCGCUGGAGCCUCCGCCCGCCCGACGGCCCAGUCCCGGGCGGCGCGGCCCGGCGAGUGAAAGCGAAAGAGCCUUCGCCCCGCCCGCCCGCCAUGGGCGAGCCCCGGGGCGGCGGCCUCCCCUGAGCAGGAAGACCCAGCAGAGACGUGGAACUUCCUCCCGUGUCGCUGCCGGACACCUUAGCCAGUCAAAUGCACCCUGACAGUAAACUGACCAGUCAUGGAAAGGCCGGCAACAGCAGUGCCCAGGCGCAGCAUCACAAUGUGAGCCAAGGCCCCGCCUGCAACCUGGGCGUCAAGGGCGUGGGGGCAGGGAACCAUGGCGGCCAGGUCGGACAGCCCCCUCCGGGCAACUCUGGACUGAAGCCCAGCCCGGCUCCCAUCCCCGUCUUCGGGGGUCUGAAGGGCAAAGUGAAGCGGGAGCGGAGUGUUUCGGUGGACUCGGGAGAGCGGCAGGAAGGCCACGCUGCCUCGCUGGACAAGGAGCUGAAAGGGGAAGUGGCUCCCCGGAGCAAGCGGCGCUGUGUCCUGGAGAGGAAGCAGCCGUACAGUGGAGAUGAGUGGUGCUCUGGCCCGGACAGCGAGGAUGAGGAGAAGGCCCUCGGCAGCACCCACAAUUGUAACGUCGUAGAGUCGGCGAUGACUGCGGCCUCACAGCUGGGCACAGGAUCCAAUCCACUGCCAGCCCUGAGUGAGAGUAGUGCACCCACCGCACCCCACAGUGCAGCCCCUGGCCUGCGGUCUGAGGUCGGGAGUGGCAGUGGGAAGCAGCCGCUGCAGUUUGUCUAUGUCUUCACCACGCACCUUGCAAACACGGCUGCAGAGGCGGUGCUCCAGGGCCGAGCGGACUCCAUUCUGGGCUACCACCAGCAACACGUGCCCCGAGCCAAGCUGGACCAGCAGGUCCCUCCCUCCAAGAUGCCAGCAGUUCCAGAGCCGCUGCCCAUGAGCCCAUCUCCCGCCAGCACCCCACAGUCUCAGGCCACCGUGCCACCCGGCAGCCAGCCCCAGGGCCAGCCUCCGCCGCCUGCCCCACCACCAGCUCCUGGUGCCUCCCUGGGUCUUGGGCAAGGGCCACUGCCUCCCGCAAGCGCCCUCCCGCAGGAAGGAGCCCCUGAUGAUGCCCGGCGGGACCUCACGCCCAACUCAGUGGGGAACAGCGGCAGCUGCAGCACAGCCCCCAGCAGCACCCACCCCGGCACCCCCACAGCCCCCAGCUCCCUCCCGGCCAGUGCUGCAGAUGGCUUGCUUGGGGAAGGAGCCAACCCAGGCCCCCCCUCUGCAGGGAAUGGCCCCCGCCACCCACUGAACACAGAAGGACUCUCCAAGGAGCAGCUGGAACAUCGGGAACGCUCGCUGCAGACGUUGCGGGACAUCGAGCGUCUGCUCCUGCGCACCAGCGAGGCGGAACCCUUCCUCAAGGGGGGUCCCGGGCCCAGCGAAGGGGGCGUCCUGCCUCCACAGGCCCCUCCCCCACAGCCGCCAGCCCCUCCCUCUGGACCCGGCAUGAAGAAGUACGAGGAGCCUUUGCAGUCGAUGAUCUCGCAGACCCAGAGCCUGGGGGGGCCUGGCUUGGAGCAGGAGGGGCCGGUGCCCCCCGGGGUCGACCUCGGCCAGCAGAUGAACCUGAUGAUGCAGCGGCUCGGCCAGGACAGCCUGACUCCGGAGCAGGUGGCCUGGCGCAAGCUGCAGGAGGAGUACUAUGAGGAGAAGCGCCGCAAGGAGGAGCAGGCCGGCCUGCACGGGGCCCGCCCCCUGCAGGACAUGAUGCUGCCCCAGCCCAUGAGCGGCAUGAUGCUGCGCGGUCCCCCGCCGCCCUACCACAGCAAGCCUGGAGAGCAGUGGCUGCUGCGGGGCGUGCCGGUGGACAUGCAGGACCCCAUGCAGCUGCGGCCCCCCUUUGCUGGGCCACGCUUCCCUGGAAACCAAAUGCAGAGGGGCUUUGGAGGGAUGCAGAACGUGGCCUCCCUUGAGUCCCUGGGCCCCAUGAGCUCCAUGCAGCGCCCGGUGAGGCCUGGCAUGGCCUGGAAUGAGGAGAUGCCCAUGGGUGGCCCUGGCAACUUUGCCCCCGGGAACCUGCCCUACCCCCCAGGGCAGGGGGAUGCCGAGCGCUUCCUGACCCCCCGGGUGCGUGAAGAGAUGCUUCGGCAGCAGCUGUUGGAGAAGCGGCAAGGCGGGAUGCAACAGCCGCUCGGUGUGGAGAUGGAGCGCAUGAUGCAGGCGCAUCGGCAGGUGGAGCCAACCCUGUUCACCAGCGAAGGGCUUGGCCUGGAGUUUGGGAGUGCGCGGGCUGUGCUGAGCCCCCCGCUGAGGGACAUGGAGCCCGCCUUGGGCCCCAGCAAUCUCAACAUGAACAUGAACGUCAACAUGAACAUGAACUUAAAUGUGCAGAUGGCCCCACAGCAGCAACAGAUGCUGAUGUCCCAGAAACUGCGCGGCCCAGAUUUGGUGCCCUCAGAGGAUGGGACCCGGGCACGUGCCCCCAGUGGCAAUGGAGCCAUGAUGGGGGCCCCCCAUAAAAUGCUGAUGGGCUCGCCAUUCCCCAAUCAAGGGCAGCAGGGCUUUUCUUCGGCCGGGCAGGGCCCGUACCCUGCUGUGUCACAGGAGAUGGGCAGUGCACCAGAGAUGUUUGGGACUGUGAGCGGCACCACGCGGCUCAGCCACAUUCCCCUGCCCCCGACCACCCACGCCCCACCCACAAACAUGCCCCAAGCCCCUGCACGGGGCCUGGGCCGCCGCCCUUCGGACCUGGCCCUCAACAUGGGGCAGAUGAACUCUCCCAAUGUGGGUCGCCUGAAGUCCCCAACGCUCAGCCAAGUGCAUUCUCCGCUGGGCACCUCCCCUUCUGCCAGCCUCAAGUCCCCUCAGACGCCCUCUGCCAUGGUCAGCCUGCCAGCCGCCAGUGCCACCAGCGCUGCUCUUCAGUCCCCACAGGUGCUCAGCUCCGUGCUCAGCGCCCGCUCCCCAGCCAGUUCUCCCAGCCGCCUCAAGUCGCCAUCCGUGGCCGCGUCUUCCCCAGGGUGGGCUCCAUCUCCCAAAAACGCCCUUUCCAGCCCUGGCAUUGGCCAGAGCAAGCCAGCCGUCGGAAUGAGCAGCUCUGCACCUCUGGGCAACGUUGAGCAAGGUUCGAUGCCGUCUGGGCCUCGGAGCAGCUCCUCUGCCCCACCUAGCCACCCCUCUGGCCCCGUGAACCCCAACCUGCCUUUUCCUUCCUCUCCAGAUCCACCCCCAUCCCAGAACCCCUUGUCACUCAUGAUGACACAGAUGUCCAAGUACGCCAUGCCCAGUUCCACCCCACUCUACCACAACGCCAUCAAGACCAUCGCCACGUCAGAUGACGAGCUGCUCCCCGACCGGCCGAUGCUUCCCCCGGGAAGCCUGUCUGGCAGCCAGCACAGUCAGCUGCACAUGAACUCUGUGGGGGCUGUUCCUGCUCAGAGCCCCAUGGCGAUCAACCUCCCUGGACAGCAGCCACUCUCACACGAGCCUCCGGCACCCACCAUGUCCUCCCCAAGUCCGCUCGGCUCCAACAUUCCCAUGCACAGCAGUGCGGUGCCCCAAGCCCCCAUGUUGCUGCCUCCUGGGGCCCCAGAAUCGCUCCAUCAGCCGUGCGGCCCCCCCGGCCAACUCAUGUUCCCAACUCGCCUCCAGCAGCCUCCUACCAAUGGCAGCAACCUGCCUGGGGCUGGUGGUCCAGGCAUGCAGCAGCAGCACUACCCCCCCAGCAUGGGGCUGUCCCCAGAGGAGCUGCCCCCGCCACAGCCCGGCCCGAUGGGUCCGCAGCAGCGCAUGGCAGGACGGCUGCCCGAGCCCUACCCUCCUGUGCUUCCCGGUGUGGCUUCGGUGCUGAACGACCCGGAGCUGAGCGACGUGAUCCGCCCCACGCCCACCGGCAUCCCGGAGUUCGACCUGUCGCGCAUCAUCCCGUCCGAGAAGCCCAGCAGCACCCUGCAGUACUUCCCCAAAGGCGAAGGGCCGGCCUCCAAGGCGCAGCCUCCCUCCAACCUGCACCUCAUGAACCUGCAGAACAUGAUGGUGGAGCAAGCUCCGGCUCGGCCGGGCCCACAGGGCAUGCCACGCACCAUGGCCAUGUGCCACCCCGGACAGGUGCCCGUGAUGGGCAGGACAGGCCUGGCGCCCCAGCCAGCCGUGGUGGGGAAUAGCAUGCCCCAGGGCCUGAUGCUGCCCCAGCAGAACUUCCUGCUGCUGCAGGCCAAGCAGCGCAGCAUGUCUGUCUCGGGUGAGAUGUAUGCCCCGCCGGGCCACCUGCUCUCCCCGCAAGGCUCCCUCAUGGGCCCUCCCCCCCAGCAGACCCUCCUGGCCUCCCACCCCUCGCGCCAGCGCAGCGUCUCCCUGGACAGCCAGGUGAGCUACGGCCCGGGAGCCGGCAGCAUGGCCAACCUGCCCUUCUGAGGCGGGCUGCCCUGGGGCGGGCGGCCGCUGGCCCCUGCCGUCGCCCUUGGCACAGAGUGUGAGUGGAGUCUUUCCUGGGUGUGAAUUCUUUCUUUCUCUUUUUUGUGAAAAGAAGCAACCAAAAUGCGCAAGAGGGAUUGGGAAAACUGUAAAUAGGUUGGGGGAAGCAACAGCCAAGUCUUGCUGGUUUGAAAUUGUUGUAUUUCUGUGUUUUAAUAGAAGCCUCAAAAACUGUUCUGAAUGAAACAAAAAACCCACAGACACAAAGUCAACUCAUUGUGGACUCAAUGGCCAGGCCUCUGCCCACACCGCAGCCUCUGUCUUGCUGGGGCGGGAGGCAACUCUGCCCCCUCCCAUAGCUUGGGGCUUCCCUUUGGUUGCAGCUGACAAAACCCACUUUGACCCAAGGGUCUUCUGUUGCGGGGGGGGCGGGGGGAGUGCUCUGGCCCCACCAGACAGUGCUGCAUUGGAACAUGCUGUGGAGCAGAGAAUAACCCCCCCCCUCUUCCUCCUUGCCCUGUUUUCUCAAGUCUUGCUAGAGGAUUUUCUUCCCCAGGGAGGCUAGAGGUAGCCUGUGUUGGAUUUUCUGCCAUUUCCAUCCACCCCACCUCUCCCCUAUCCUGUCCAUACCGGGGGUGGGGGGGUGGGGUUGAUGUUAUGCCAAGGGCGCUGAUGAGCUUUGUGCCUCCACCUCCCUGCUCGGUAUUUGAUAGACGGUAAGGAGCAGAGCUGGACUAGCUCAGAAGGUAGCUGGGGUAUUGUGGGAAGACAGCCAGCCGUGACUUCCUUGUCACGUCUUUGCUGCUUUGAGAGACAAAUAUGGCAGAUGAACCAAGACUUUACUGGCUUUGCUAGAAUUUUCCAAGUGUUCGUUUUGAAUUUAUUCACAAGAAGGGAAUAUUCCCGUUUUGCAGUCAUACUUUUCGCCCCUCCACCCUUUCCUUCUUGGGACUGCCGGGUUUGCACAGAGAAGCAGAAAUAAACAUGGCUGGUCUUAGGCAUUCAGGCGCCAGCUCUGGCUCGCAGGCCCUGGGUGGAGAGCCCCUUGCCACCCUCUCUCUCUCAGUAGUGCUACAGGGAUGUUUCUGCUCUGCUGGCGGAAGGCCUGAGAGCUGACCCGGUGCUUGGUUGCCAGCCCUCGCAGCCCCCUCUGCUGUUAAAGCCAUAAACAGACGCUCCCUUGCAGCUUCCCCUUGGCCCUUGGCUUGUUCCCCUCUGGGGGAGAUGGUGAUGGGGGAGGGGGUGGAAGGGUGCUCUGGAAGCCCGUUGCCCUGGGAAGCAACCGGAACAGCCCCGGCAGGCAGCCAUGUCCCCGUGUGUCCCCUUCUUCCUGCAGUGUCUCUUUUGCCAGCCCCUGCCCCCCCCCUUGCCUUGCGCUGUGAGUGUUGUCCCGUCUUGCGUCUUGUGCUUUCUUGCUCUGCUGCCUGCCCUGCCUGAGGCCAGCCUGCCCCUGCCCAAAUCCCCUCCCUGUCUAGCUGCGGCCUCCCGCCUCCACCCCAGGCCAGGCCUGGGGGCCCAUAGCAAGCAGUUGACCACAGCGCCGCCCCAGAGGCCAGGACGGGCAAGCUCAUGCCUCGGAGGGGGAGGGGACUGCCGGGUCACCUGUCAUCCAGGGGGGGGGAAUCCCCCCACGCAUUUUGUACCAUUAUAUAAAUAUAUAUAUAUAAAUAUAUAAAUAUAAAUAUAUAAAUACAAUA